AAACGAGUCGAUCGUUCAAAGUUUAUGCCACUCCUAAUAUCUAGAAUUCUAUUUGUAGUGCUAAUCUAGCAAACAGGGAUUAUAAAAAAAAAAUAGUUUUCAGUGCACACCGCCUAACUGUACAAACAUAAUAUUUUAAACCCGCCUUCUUUCACAAUGCUAUUGGUUAUAUGAGAUUGAAUGCAUAAAUGUCAGUGUAAAAACGAAAGCUUUCACUGGCUGAUAUACUUCUGACAUACCCGAAACAGUGGGCGCGUCCUGCUGUCGUUUUUUUAAUUAUUAUUAUUUUUUUUUUUUUAUCGUUCUUGGUUCUUGUUAAUUCACACAUAAGCAGGAAAGCACAUUAAUCAGAUGGAAGCGGUACGAGCAGAUGCAAGCUGUCUAUCUUAAAGCUAUUUUAAAGGGAGGAGGGUUCCGUAAAUUGGAAUUUUCUGGAGCAGAUUUCGUUUGUUAUUAAGGAACAGGAAACUGCUGCAGCCAUAGCUAUGGCAACCAUCGCCAUGGAGCAGCUGGGCCGGCUGUUCAUCAGCCUUCAGCAGGUGCGGGGGAUCCCCAGGAUGCUGGAAGAGGCGGCCCCCUCCUUGCCCUGCACCCUGAGAGAGAGCGAGGUGCCCUGGGUCUUCAGGGAGCGCCACAUCAACGCCGGUUACCGCCAUGUCCACCAGAACUGGCGCUACUACUUCCUGUCUCUCUUCCAGCGCCACAACGAGACUGUCAACGUGUGGACCCACCUCCUGGCGGCUCUGGUGGUCCUCAUGAAGUUCGGCCAGUUGUCUGAAACCGUGGAUUUCCUGUGGGAGCCCCACGCCUGGCCUCUGUUCAUCCUCCUCCUGUCCUCUUUCACCUACAUGACCUGCAGCACGCUGGCUCACCUGCUGUCAGCCAAGUCGGAGCUCUGCCACUACUCUUUCUUCUUUCUGGACUACGUGGGCGUGGCCAUCUAUCAGUAUGGCAGCGCUCUGGUGCAUUUCUACUAUGCCAUAGAGGAGGACUGGCACACCCAGGUCAAGGGCAUCUUCCUACCCACUGCUGCCUUCCUGUCGUGGCUCUCCUGUGCCGGCUGCUGCACUGGCAAGUACAAAAGCCACAUGCUGCCCAAGUGGGUCCGUAAACUGGGCCAGGUGGUGCCGUCGGGCAUGGCCUAUGUCUGGGACAUCAGUCCCGUUAUCCUUCGGAUAUACAACUGCUUCCCCUGUGCCGGCGACCAGGCGCUCUCCUACCACAUUUACCAGGUGUCUUUCUUCCUAGCCAGCGCUUUCUUCUUCACAUACCCUCUGCCUGAAGUAUGGUUUCCAGGGAGGUGCAACUUCUUUGGCCAGGGCCACCAGGUUUUCCACGUGCUUCUGGCCCUGUGCACGCUCGCCCAGAUCGAGGCCUCGCACCUGGAUUACCUGGCCAGGCGGCCCCUCUACAGCCGGCUUCACGGGGACUCAUCCGGGUUCCUCAUCUGGGCUCUGUUGGCAGCCAUCGCGCUCAGCAGUGCCCUGACCGCUGUUUAUGCCAGACGCAGAGUCCGCAUUAUAAUCAACAGCAAAGAGAAGUGAGGCAAGCUGGGUAUGAAGAAUGUGCUGUGCGUGUCGGAUUGAGCUCAGACUGCUUGCUCCAGCAGUUCAGCCAGGAUGAACAGAUUCCAUACAGAAUUCCUCACAGCUGGGUGAAUCCGCUUGCCCUGCACCCACACUCCUAUUAUUUUUAUAGUGACCUUGUUGUGUUUCUAAAAUGAUCAUUUACAAUCAGAGUUAGCAUAAAUAUGUACGAGCUUGAGUUGAGCAUACUGCAACAAAAGCUGUUCACGAGCCCUUAAGACAACAAGCCAUUCGCUAAACUCACAGAUAACAUACGAGAAGUAGGUUCUGGGUUAUUUAGGUGCAUUGUUACUGCUCAGAUGGUUUCUCUUAGCACCUUAUGCCUUAGCUAACUUUAUGGGGAGCACUGUUUCAGCACUGCAGAGUUAACUCAUACAGUCUCUCAGUUUGACUUUCAUUGCGGAAGAAUUCAAUCAACACAUUUAAACAGGCACAGUUUACUGCAGUCCAUUGUUAGGCUCUUGAGACAGCUUGACAUUUAAGACAGUUAACAAGUUUGAUAAUAGAAGGAUAAACAGUUAUUGUUUGGUAGAAGAUACGGUUGCAAUGAACAUGUUUAGCAAUACUAUACUGAAGCUGUAUCUUGGUUUAGUGUAGGAGCCCACUGGUAACCCAACCAGUUUUUAGUUCUUUGAGCGAUUACCUGCUGGGAUAGAUCCAGUUGAUAGAUCCAUGAUUGCUUACAAGAAUUUACAAUUUGAAAAGGACCUGUUGAAUUGAACCCUGGCGAGGGGUCUCACUGACUGAGCCAGCUCGCUGCCUGUCUGAAGGGUCCCUGGGUUAAUCCUGUUUCUCAUUUUGUUUAUUACUGACUCAGGUUCUGACGCAAACCAGCGCAGCCACAGCAGGAUCUGUGUUUAUCUGACUCGCUGCUGUCGUCUUGGCAACCGUUAUUGAAUGAGUGGUUGCUGGCAGGCCCAAGUCAUUUUAAACACUUUUCAAGGGAAUAAGAACAUUGCUUCUACCCCCUGGAGAAACUGUGUGUGUGGCUGCUACUGGUUAUUCGAUUGCUGGAGAUGAUGUUUGUGUCACAGGCAUUAGUUUAGACUUACAAGCACUUCUCUUUGCGUUUUAAAAAGCAUGUAUUCAGGAUAACUGUCAUGUGUUUUCAAACUGGAUUUAAAAUGAAUGCCAAAAGGAGCACCAGCUGUCCUUCACCCAGUCCUGGGGUUCAAAACUACCUGCAAUGAAGCGUGUUGCUGAAAUUAUCUGGAGCCAGGAGUGUGAUCUGUAAUAAAUGUUCCACUCUUACAGCUGCAAGGACAACUCCUAUUAGUACAGACUCAUGCCAUGAUAAAUGUGAUCAGUUCAGAGCAGCAGGUGCCUGAUUGUUCAGACUCCUGAUAGCAGGUCAUUUCAGUUGAAAACAAGUGCACAUUUAACCCUUUAAAUAACUUGUUGCAUCCUUCUUUUAAACUGUUUUGGAUCAAUUGAACAUUUUGGAAAGUGUAUGAUACAGUACCUGUUUAUCUGUGUUUCCGUAUAUAAAGCUGCAUAUUCGUGAUCGUGGAAUUAUCCAUGCUAAGUUAACAGUGUCUUUAAAACCUCUAAAUGUACGAUGAGUAUUGUUGAAGUAUUUGCCGAGUACACGUGUGUACUGCCUGUAUGUGUUUUACCAGACUUUCAGUGUUAACCCUUUAGUGAUCUUGUACCGCAUCUAUCACCUUGAAAGAUAAAGACUUGUAGUGAUGUCUGUCAACUUUGAUUUGAUUUAUUUUUAAUUGAGGAAACGACUGAGCACCAAUGCUUCAGUCAUAUACUGUAGCAGUCUCAGUACGUCCUAGAAAGGAAUUCCCCAGGAUACAGCUAAUCUUCAGUGGAAUCUUGGCUGUCUGCCACGGCAGGUCGAGGAACGCCUGGAUCUAGGGUUGUGUUUGCACUGUUACUGACAGUCUCAGCCGGGUCUCUUUGGUUAAGAUCAGUUUGCUUGAUCAUUUUAAAAAGCCUGGUCCUGAUACAAUACAAAUGGGUGGACUCACUUAGCCUCAUUUCUUUACAAUAUGGCUCUUUUGUGGCUGUCACAUGUUUAUAUGGCUAAUCAGUUUAUUCUGACUUGUUUCUGUACAUAGAAAAGAAAGUGGGUUUGUCCGAUUUAUUUAUCCACAGUACUAUAUACUAUAUAUACAGUAAAUAUAUGCCAUGGUCAUAACAGAAUGUAAUCUUGGAGCUACAGCUUAGCAACGCAAAUGAAAACCAAGCUAUCUAACAAACACAGUGUAAACACAACUGUAUUCCAACUGCCAGGCUGUAGUGCCUCCAAAUACAAUGUACUUAAAAUCUUAAAAUACUUAAAAUCCACUUCCAUACUUAUAUAUAUA